CACUUGGCGGCCAGACCACGAUAUGAUCACGUCGCCGGCAUCGAGUUUGCCGCGGCCGGUCGCGCCGUCGGGCCACCGGCGCCAGCCGCUGCCGACGACUCGGUGCGCAGCGCCGGCAACUGCCAUUGUUUCGAUGUCUUCCCACACCGGCGGGACCGCGCCGCUGAGCCCCGAGUGCCAGGCCGUCGCACUUGGCUCGCCGGUGCGCGACGCACCCUUGAAGGUCAUUGAUACGACCUCAAUCCACGAAACGAUGGCGCUGCCUCGCCACGGUCGUUCGUCGACGACCGACGUGACGCUGCUCGCGCACCUCCGUCGACGCGCUAUCCAAACACCCGAUCGCGUCUGCUACCUCUUUGUCGACGACGACGGCAGCGAAGUCCGGUCGCUCACGUACGCCAACGUCGACGCCGAGGCCCGUCGCAUCGCCAGUGUCCUCCAACACCAGUCCAAGACGUCGCCGUUCACACCUGGCGACCGUGUCCUGCUCUGCUUCCCGCCCGGUGCCGACUUUACCUUGGCGUUCUGGGGGUGUCUCUACGCCGGUGCGGUCGCCUGCGCCGUGCCCCCGCCCGACCCGCUUUUCUUGUCGCGGGACCUGGUGCAAUUCCGGCGCAUGGUCGACGAAUCUGGCGCGUCGCUCGUCUUGACCAACGCGUUGUACCGGCGGCAGAGUCAACGCGACACGCUCUCGGCGCGACUGCGCACCCGGCGUGGUGUCGAGUGGCCGAAACAUGUGCACUGGAUCUGCACCGACACGACCAAGUCGAUUUUCUCCAAACCGACCUUUCACAGCACCUACUAUGCAAGUGUUUCGGACCGCGACGUUGCCUAUCUCCAGUGCACAUCGGGGGUCACGGGCGAUCCCAAGCUCGUCGUUGUGACGCAUGGCAACCUUCUCGCGCAAGCGAUGCGAUGGGCGACCGUGCAGGACGGCGACACGGUCUUCUCGUGGCUGCCUCAAGUUGACAGCAACGGCCUCGUCGGCUUCAACCUCGCACCAGUGUACGCCGGUGUUCGCUCGGUGCAGAUGCCGCCAACUGGGUUCUUCAAGACGCCGUCGCUUUGGAUGGCGCUCUGUUCCAAGUACAAGGCAUCCAUGACGUGCGCGCCCAACGCUGCGUACCGCGUGGCCGCCACCAAGACGCCGGAUGCCGUCGCUGCUGGCAUCGAUCUCAGCGCACUGCAGCACGCGAUCGUUUUGGGCGGUGCGAUUCGCGGCGACUGCCUCAAGCAAUUCGCCAAGCGCUUUGCCGUUGGUGGCUUUCGACCGCACCAGCUGCACUGUGCAUAUGGGACUGCCGAGACAACGACGCUGGUCUGCGGCUAUGACGCGGACGACCGAAGCGCACCUCGCAGCCUUCUCGUCGACAAGCACGUCCUGGAAACGAAUGGCCGAGUCCAGUUGUUGCGCACAGAUGACCCGCGCCGAACGUCGGGCUCUGGCACACAACUGCUCAUGGCCUGCGGACGCCCAUUUCCCGGUGUCGAGCUGCGUAUCGUCGACACGUUGGCGCGAAAAGCGUUGCCUGAAGGGUACGUCGGCGAAAUCUGGGUCCGCAGUGACGGCGUCGGCGACGGCUACUGGCAGCAGUGGGACCGCACGCGGCAUCAGUUCCAGGCGACCUUGGCGGCCGACGAUCAACACUACUACCGGACAUCGGAUACGGGCUUUGUGCACAACGGCGAGCUCUUUGUUUACGCCCGGCGCGAUGAGAUUGCGGUCGUCGAUGGCCGCCGCCUCAGUCUCCCAGCGAUCGCGCGCAGCGUCGAAGCCGCGUCGGCGCACAUCUCGUGCGACGGUGUCUUUGCCUUUGGGUUUGCCGAUACGAUCGUCGUCGUGGCUGAACUCGACGACGUUUGGACGUCAGCCGACGACAAGGUGACGCUGGGGGCGAUUUCGAAAGCCAUCUUUCGACAUCUCACAGCCGACCACGGCGUCGCACACAUCAAAGCGAUCUUGGUCGCACCGGCGUCGCUGCCCCGAACGAGCAGCGGGUUGCUGCUCCGAGCGGCGGCGAAAAAACAGCUCGAGCUCCACACUCUCCCAAAGCAGUUUGUGGCGUACAACCACAACCCUGAAGCCCACUUGCGCGAGAGUUUUUUGCGAAUCGACUAGUCUAGGAAUGUUAGCAGUUUAUUUCUUAUAAUUGUCGAGCUAAGAGUAGCACAUAUGGGGUUUGAACGUAGA